CAGCUUUUCUCUCUACCACCACCCUUCGCAACGAGUGCUGGGCACCCGUGUUCAAUUCGAUACAGGGAUACAACAUUUAAAAUGCCUCUGCCACGCGUAUCUCUGCGAACAUUUCUCUCCUCAGCAAAAUCCGCCCUGCACAAUGCGAACCAGCAGUCCUCGCCCCUCACAUUCGUUAUCGGCAAUGAAGCAGCUGACCUCGAUUCCCUCUGCAGCGCAGUCGUCCUAGCAUAUCUACGAACCUACACCUCAGCCUCCCAUACAAACACCCUCUACAUACCCCUCUCCAACAUCCCACACACCGACCUCGCGCUCCGGCCAGAACUCCUCCCUGUGCUCUCACGCGCCAAUCUCAAACCCAGCGACCUGAUUACUCUCUCCGAUUUACCUAAUCUAUCACAGGGUACACGCCUUGCUCCCGAAAGGACGAAAUGGAUACUCGUCGACCACAACGCGCUGCUUGGUGAGCUGGGCAAGAUAUACAGCGGGCGGGUGGUUGGCUGUAUAGAUCACCACGAUGAGGAAGGCAAGGUGCCGAAAGAUUGCGGUGAUGAGCCGAGGGUUGUGAGGAAGAGUGGUAGCUGUGCUAGCUUAGUGGUGGAAUACUGCAGAGAAGCGUGGGAUGCAGCAUCCGCCAGAUCGAACGACGAGGAAACGGCGAGAUGGAAUGCGGAGCUUGCGAGGGUUGCGCUUGGGCCGGUGCUGAUUGAUACUUCGAAUCUGGAGAAUGAGGCGAAGACUACGCCUGCCGAUGUUGAGGCUGUGAAAUACCUUGAGAAGUGGAUUACUGCUGGUGAGGGGGAGAAGCUUGACGCGAAGAGUUAUUACAAGGAGAUUUGGACGGCGGAGAGGGACGUGGAGGGGUUGAAUUUGAUGGAUCUGCUAAGGAAGGAUUAUAAGCAGUGGAGUGAGGGAGGUGUUAUUUUGGGAGUUAGUUCUGUUGUCAAGGACAUGGACUUUUUGCUCUCCAAGAAGGAGACCAGGGAAGAAUUCUUCGAUACCCUGAAGAUAUUCUCUAAGGAAAGGGGCCUAUCGAUAUGCUGUAUCAUGACCAGAUCAUCAGCCAAAAAUGGGAACGGGUUCCAGAGAGAACUCUUCCUCUGGGGCCUAGAUGACAAGGGCAUUGAAGCUUCUAAGAAGUUCGAAGCUGAAUCGACUAACAGUCUGGGUCUUGAGAUUUGGAAAGAAGGAUCCUUGGAUUCCGAAGAUGGAGGACUGUGGAGGAAGUGUUGGCAUCAGAAGAAGAUUGAGAAUUCGAGGAAGCAGGUUGCUCCCUUACUCAGAUCGUCGAUGGCUAGUUGAGAUACCCAGGUAGAAAGCCUACUAUAGAGCAUUAGAGCUUCCAUCAAGCAUGCUAAAAUUAAGAUCGUUUCGACCGAGC